UUCAGUUAUGAGCCAGGAGCUCCGCAGGCCAGGCCUAGAGUGGGGCCCACUUGCCCCGUUUCCUCUUUUCCCUGAGAGAGGCUGGGGUCCCUGCCCCGGCCGUGGUCCUGGGCUCUGGAGACCGUGCUGGACAGAGCCAGGUGGGAGGCCCAGCCAACUCCAACUCUGGACUCUGCCCAGGAAUUUCCACUGAGAUGAGAAGACAGGCCAAAGCGAAAGCAGGUUGGAUCCAGCCCGUCCCCGUGGAAACGCGCGCUUCCAUCUGUCCCUGAGAGGGACUUGUUGACCACAAAUAUCUGCAAGGUCUGGCGCAUGGAGGAUGACACACCGAGACUAAGAGAGUCCAGCUCUCUCACAUCAGCGGCCGGUGGUUUGGAGAACAUGGGGGCUGAGCUGUUGGGAAGCCUGGAGGAAGGCCGGGACCCUCACAGUGACUCAAGCCCUGCAGAAGUCAGGGACAGCGGGAGCAAGGCUGGCCCGGAGCCCUCCUCAGGAUGGAGGAGCCUGCAGCCAGCCCUGAGGGUGAGACGCUUCUGCAGAGGGCACGCACAGCUGUUUCGAUGGAUCUGCACAGGCCUGCUAUGUACUGCAUUUGCUGCCUUCCUGCUGAUUGCCUGCCUCCUGGAUUUCCAGAGGGCCCUGGCAUUGUUUGUCCUCACCUGUGUGGACCUUGUCUUCCUGGCCCACAACCUGCUGAAGAGGCCGCUGGGGCCAAAGCUGCUGAGGUGUGUCAAGCCUCUGGGGCAUCCCCGCCUGAACCUCUGGUUUAAGAGGGAGCCCUUUCUAGCCCUUGCUGCUUUCCUGGGCCUGAUCCUAUGGCUGGUUCUGGACACCUCUCAGCGGCCUGAGCAGCUGGUGUCCUUUGGAGGAAUCUGCAUGUUCGUCAGCCUCCUCUUUGCCUUCUCAAAGCAUCACCGCGCAGUAUCCUGGCGGGCUGUGUCCUGGGGUCUUGGACUACAGUUUGCACUUGGACUCUUCGUCAUCAGAACAGAACCAGGAUUUAUUGCAUUUCAGUGGCUGGGCGACCGGAUCCAGAUCUUCCUGAGCUACAGGUCCAGCUUCUUGUCUGGGGAGGCUCUGGUCAAGGAUAUCUUUGCAUUUCAGGUUUUGCCCAUCAUUGUUUUCUUCAGCUGCGCCAUGUCAGUCCUCUACUACGUGAGCCUCAUGCAGUGGGUGAUCCUGAAGAUCUCCUGGCUGGUGCAGGCCACCAUGGGCCCCAUGGCCACGGAGACCCUGAGUGUGGCUUGAAACAUCUUUGUGAGCCAGACUGAGGCUCCUCUACUGAUCCGGCCCUACUUGGCAGACAUGACACUCUCUGAAAUCCACGUUGCCAUGACCAGAGGCUAUGCCACCAUUGCCGGCAGCCUGCUGGACACCUACAUCUACUUUGGGAUCGAUGCUGCCUCCUUAAUUGCUGCCUCUGUGAUGGCUGCCCCUUGUGCCUUAGCCCUCUACCCGGAGGUGGAGGAGUCCAAGUUCAGGGGUGAGGAAGGAGUGAAACUGACCUACAGAGAUGCUCAAAACCUCUUAGAAGCAGCUAACAGUGGGGCCGCCAUGUCCGUGAGGGUCGUGACCAACAUCGCAGCCAACCUGAUUGCUUUCCUGGCUGUGCUGGCCUUCAUCAACACUGCCCUCUCCUGGCUGGGAGACAUGAUGGAUGUCCAAGGGCUCAGCUUCCAGGUACAGCUCAUCUGCUCCUACAUCCUGCGGUCAGUGGCCUUCUUGAUGGGCGUGGCCUGGGAGGGCUGCCCGGUGGUGGCUGAGCUGCUGGGAAUGAAGCUGUUUCUGAACAACGGGCGCCGAGGAGUGGGCCGGUUCCAGGAAGCAGUAGAUCUCUGUGAGUGUCCCCGUCCCCACCCUGGGGCAGGGCGUGAUGCAGCGGCUCCCCUGUGGGCCCGGCUGAGACACUAUGUGGGGCUGCUCAACCUCCCACAUCCCGUUGCCCUGGGCAACAAGUCAGCUUCAGAGGCCAUCUUUCUCAAGGCCUCUUAGGAGGCUGAGGCUGAGAAAGAGCCCCGUUGGAGGUAUCUGAACUCCAGCUGUAGACAGGCCACCAUCCUGUGCAGCCCUGGGCCAGCCGCUGCACCUUGCCUCUUCUGUUGGAAAACAAGUGUAGAACCUGCCACGCCUACCCCGAAGGAAUGGAUGUGAGCAUCUAAUGAGCUAAGAGAGUAAAACAGGGAGACCUCACCACCACAUUCAUCUUCAAUAUAUUGGAUUCAG